CUGAGCAUCAGCACUGGAUUAUUUAGGUCAGAAAAUUUGAAUAUGGACUACACAUGGCUGCUGCUGCUGCUGCUCGACCUCAGUGGAGCUAUUUGUGCAGUGGUGCAAUGGACAGAAUUAGACGAAGCAAAGGCCUAUUUGAAGCAGUUUGGUUACCUGAAUGACCCCGCUGACCCACAGGACCCUCAUUACCUGGAGGAGAUCAUUGAAGCUAUCAGGGUUCUCCAGAGAGUGAAUGAUCUGCCAGCUACUGGAGAGUUAGAUGAAGCGACUGUGGACCUGAUGAGACAGCCGCGCUGUGGUUUGGAGGACCCCUUUAACAAGAAACAUCACAGAUACAGAGUGAUGGGUCGUUGGAGAAAGAAGAGAUUGACCUACCGCAUCUACAACUACACACCGGACAUGAAGAAGGCGGAGGUGAAGGGUGCCAUCCGCGCUGCCUUCAAGUACUGGAGUGACGUGACGGCUUUGACCUUUACAGAAGUCUUCUAUGGCAGAGCGGACAUAAGGCUCUCCUUCCACAAGAAAGAUGGCUGUGCCUUCCCAUUUGAUGGACGUGGUCAUGUACUCGCCCAUGCUGAGUCACCAGAGUCUGGUAUUGUUCAUUUUGAUGAUGAUGAGUUCUGGACCGAGGGAUCAUAUUAUGGUACUAAUCUGCGUAUUGUGGCUGCCCAUGAAAUUGGCCACGCCCUCGGCCUCGGCCACUCUCAGUACAGAAGCGCUCUGAUGGCUCCGGUCUACUCUGGUUACCGUGGCAACUUCCGGCUGCAUUCAGACGACAUCAGAGGCAUUCAGGCGUUAUAUGGCAAACGCAUCACCAGCCCUUUAGCCAGUCCAACACCCACAGACAGUCUGAUUCCUACAGAAAGCAGCCACAUCCCUGACCCCUGCACUGCCACCCUGGAUGCCAUCAUGUUGGGUCCAUGGAGGAAAACCUUUGCCUUCAGCGGUGAUUACGUCUGGACGAUCACUGACAUGGGAUACAGCAAACCCAUAAGAAUCAACAGGCUGUGGAGCGUUCUCCCUGGGAACCUGAACGCUGCUGUGCACUCUCCAAGAACCAACAAGACAUACUUUCUUAAAGGCGAUAAAGUGUGGAGGUAUACCAUGUUCCUGCUGGACUACGGCUACCCCAAACAGGUCAAACGGAUCCCUGCUAAUAUUGAUGCAGCCUUGUACCUGGAGAAGAACAAGAAGUUGGUCUUUAUUAAGGGAUCAGAGCACUGGCAGUUUGAUGAGCUGAAGUACACUGAUCUCACCGUCUACCCCAAACCGCUCUCCAUGCUCUUCUCCGGAGUGCCAUCCAGCCUGGACGCAGCCCUCACCUGGACCAACAGCAAGAUCUUCUUCUUUAAGGGGGACCAGUACUGGCGUGUGAAUGACCAGCUGAAGGUGGACAGAGGAUACCCACUGAGCAAGAAGGAGCGCUGGAUGCGAUGUUAAGGGUCGACCAUCAGGGGGCAGCAUGUAUCAAGAGGUCUACAGCAGGAGGGCUGCUGGUCCCACUCAGAGGCAUUAACAACCAGGCAACCUCAACAGCAGUGAUUGAUUCUGAAUUAUCAUCUACCACGUUAGAAAACAAGUGUGGGGUUGAUUUUAUUUCACUGGAUUUCAACCGAGCUACUUCUACCCUCUGCAGCAGGAUGAUUUUGUGAGGCUGACUCAUUGUGUACAAAUGUGUGCUUUUUUUGUGUGAGGAUUAUGUAAGCUUUUGUAUGAUCUCAGGGAGAAAUCAAGGGAGGCCUUCUGUUUUUCUCUCUAACAUGUGUGUUGGAUUAUGUGUGUUAAUACUUUCAGUAAGAUGUAAUAUGACGAUGGGAGUGUACACUCUCUGUGCAGACAUUUUGUUUCAUUCCAUUCAUGCAACACUUUUAAAAGUAUGUUCAGUGCACUUAAAUGUUACCAAACACUUCCAUUAUCUCAUGAAUCACACUGGUCUGUGACAAAUCAUGUGGCAAAGAUUUGUCUCCUGAUUCUUUUUCUACUACUUUGUACAAUUAAAGACAUAACGUCUGCUGUAAAAUUGCCUUUGUGAUUGCAACUCCCUGUCGCCAGAAAAAGGGCCCGAGGUUCCCACAAAAAGGAUAGAAAAAUAUUUAUGUCAUUAUGAUGAAAGGCCAGUCUGUCAUAUUGUGUUGUCUGCAAAAAAAAACCUGGCGGCACCAUGGCAACAACGACC